GUGAGUGUAAGAGUUUAAAUUGUUAGACUAUUGAUAGAUAGAGAGAGAAAGAAACACACACACACUCUCUCUCCCUCUCCCUCUCUCUCUCUAAAAAUUUCUUGUGACUUGUUUUCCCACAUCAUUAGAAACAAAAGAAACACCCACCCACCUCUCUUCACUCUUCACAUUCUAUAAUUUUCUUGAAAAUUUCCUCUUCCAACAACCCAGAAGCUACUGAGAGGAAGCUACUACUCCUUCUCAACAGAACUCUCAUCCCAUUUUCCGAAGUCAGAUCUGUAGUAGCUCAUAGUUCUGUUAUAUGCAAUACCAUGGUCAGCUCAAGAAUUGUGAAUUACCUGUUCUCAUUGAGCUUGGUCAUCAAAUUCUACUUCCUUUCUUGAUUCUGUCUUCUGGGGUGUUCUUAUAUUAUUUUUGUACUUUGCUCUGUCCUGUUAGUCCUGUUCUGUUCCAUUAACAUUUGGCUUGAGUUCAGAAAAUGGAAGGAGAUCCAGAAUUCAAGCAUGUGUGCAAAUUAUGCAGCAAGAGCUUUCCUUGUGGUAGAUCCUUGGGAGGUCACAUGAGGUCUCAUCAGACAAACAACAGUCCAGCUGAAGCAGAUGAGAAACAGCUCAGCCUCAACACGAAGAAGCUCUCAUCAUCCAUAAGUAGCACUGGUGCUCUCACUCCCACAAACAGCAAUAACGGUGGUUAUGGCCUGAGGGAGAACCCCAAGAAAACAUGGAGGCUUUCAGAACUGAGCGAAGACACUUCACCUCAUGAGAAGCUCUGCAGAGAGUGUGGACAUCGGUUCAAUUCUUGGAAGGCACUUUUCGGCCACAUGAAGCGCCACUCAGAGAAGGAGAGAGUUCCCGACAACAGCUUGGAGGAUCGAGAUUCAAGGACCAGCGAUGAUCGGAAGCUGGUUAUGGACAGCGAAUCUGAUGGUGAAGUCGUCAUCACAAAUCGAAGGAGGCGAUCGGAGAGGAGAAAGAGGUACAACGUUGCAACUGCUGCGACUUCUUCAUCCUUAUCUUUUGCCAAUGCUGCUUCUUGUGUUUCCGAAAUUGAGCAAGAACAAGAAGAGGUGGCCAUGUGCUUGAUGAUGCUCUCUAGGGAUGUGGUUGGUCAUAAUAGAGGGGCUUUAGAUUAUGUUGCUGACUCAUCUGACAAUAGAAGUAGGACCGACGUUAAGAAUCCGUCACCUGAUCUUAAGAAGGUUGUGAAGUUGGAGAAAGUGAAAGAGAACAACUUUGAGUCUGGUUCUUUAGGAUGUGGUGAAUUGCAUCAACUGGAUCAAUCAAAAACAGAACUUUCUUCUUCAGGGAAGAAUUCAAGACACAGGUCCAGGAUGGACAAUUUGAAUGAAAUUCGCAAGUUUAAGGCCGAAAACAAAUCGGAGUGUGAGGUUCCGGAACUUAGCAUGGUGAAGGAUUCGGCCAAGGCAGCUGGGUUGGAUCGGAUCCAGAAGAAGUCCUUCAAAAGUGACAAAAGUAAGAGGAAAUUCUCUGACUGUGAUGAUCCCGAGUUGAGGGUUAAAUCCUUGAAGAAAUUAACUGAUGGUUUUCCAGAAUCUGGGAAGGUCCUAGAUUGUCGUGAAAAGAGCAAAUUCGAGUGUACCAUCUGCAACAAGAUUUUCCACUCUUACCAAGCUCUGGGAGGCCAUAAAGCUAGCCACAACAAAACCAAGGACAACUCUGCUUCCAGGAAAGAAAGCAGCGCAAACAGCCCAGCAGCUGAAGUUUCGCCUGCCCCAGUUGAUAACAGUGACGAUAAGCUCAUGAAAUCUUGCAAAAUUGAGAUGGGAAGUGUCGAUGGCCCGACUCAUUUAUCUGGUCAGAAAAUUGAGGUUAAUAACAAGUUGAACAAGUGCAAGAAGCAGCAUGAGUGUCCAAUUUGCCUCAAGGUCUUCGCAUCAGGCCAAGCUUUGGGUGGUCACAAAAGAUCUCAUUUACUGGCUACAAACACUCGGUCCCUCAUAGUUCCGAAACCGAUCCCGGAAACUCGGGGCUUUCUCGAUCUCAACCUUCCAGCUCCAGCAGAAGACCAUAAAGAUCGUCGAGAAGACGAAGAAGAAGAAGAAGAAGAAGGUAGCAGCCAUGUCAGCUUCAAUUCAUGGUGGGUGGGAAGCAACCCCAACAAUCAUGUGGCUCUUGCUGGUCUCAACUGCUGAUCGAGCUUUGCGGGUGUUGACUUGACCCCUAAAAGAUUCAAAGAGUGUACAGGCAAGUUUCUUGACAUUAAUUUUUCCUUCCUUUUUUCUAUUUGUGAUUCUCUACGGAUUCAAAUACUCGGUUGGAAGAAGUGGAAUUCAGAUUCUCACAGCCACUCUUUGGGAAAGUCUUGUCUCUUCUAGCAGUACAUUGAAACUGUAAUUGUAAUUUGGCAUUGAAUACCCUUUUGUUAUCUCUUCUCAA